UCCGGCCCCAGCUGCCCCCCGAGAUGCUGCGAGCGCAAGUGCAGCAGCCCCAGGCCCACUGCCGCCCCCUGGUGCUGCUGGAGCCCCCCGCCAAGAGGCGCCGGAGCCCCACUGAGCUGCUGCGAGCCCCGACCUGCGGUUGGCUCCCCCCCGACCUGGAGCCUCUGUGGAGCCGCUGCGCCCGCCCGGGACCCCCGGCCCCCCCGGCGCCCCCCGAGGUCCCCAGCGAGGUCGAGGUGCCGCGCGAGGCGCUCGAGCCCAGCAUCCCGGCGCUGCCGUCCUCGGAGAUCUCCCUGGAGGUGACGGAGGAGGAGCUGCGGCCCCGACUGCCGCCCCCCGAGGAGCGGCGCCCCCCGGCGCCUCCCGCCCCCCCGGCGCUGCCCGAGGUGCCCGAGGGGCCCGAACCCGAACUGCCGCCCGGGCCCCCCCCCAGCACCGCCCAGCUGCAGAGGCUGGUGCUGGCGGAGCUCUCGCGCACGGGCGGGUCGGACCUGGCGUCGCUGCUGCCCCCCGGCGCCACCCGGGGCCUCGUCAGCCGCCUCUUCAGCCUGCUGCUGGGUGAGCGGCACCGUGGGGCCGCCCCACACGCGUGUCCCCGUCCCUCCCCCCAAGCCCCACACGCACGUUCCGGCCCCGCACGCGUGUCCCUGCCCCACACGCGUGUCCCUGCCCCACACGCAGAGCUCUGCGGCGCCGGCGUGCUGCGGCUGGAGCAGGCCCAGCCCUACGGCCCCAUCGCCGUGGGGCUGGGGCCCCACUUCCCGACACCGGUGGCAGCGCGCUGAGGGGGGGGGGGGCUCAGCCCCACGGACACACCAGGAUCGGACCCACGGACGCGCCAGCCCC